AUGAGGCUUUCAAACGAUCAUUCUUCAUUUUCCUCAUGGCUCGCAGCCAUCUUACUCCUAGUCACACUGUCUCCAGCAUCCUCCCUCUCUCAAAACACCACCACCGGCGCCGAAAUUGUCCAAGGAGCCCUCCGAAUCUACGGCAACGACUCCUACCCCAUCACCCAGCGACGACCUCUCCCUCUGGAUGCAGCCCGCUCGCGCUACCCUGGCUUCAAGCAGGGCAAUCUGACCCUCAAAGCCGGCACCAUCCGUCGCGAUGGCGCACUCACUCUGCCCUGCGACAUCCUCUUCGAGCGCGACGUCCCCGUCACCCUCCGCGAUGGUAUCACGGUGUACACCGACAUCUUCCGUCCUGCAACCACGAAUGCUACCGUGCCCAGCAUCAUCGCGUGGAGCCCCUAUGGCAAAGAAAUUGGCGGCCAGUGGCUCGACGAUGUCCAGGGUCGAUCCGGCGUGAACUUGUCGUCCGUCUCCGAGUUGCAGAAGUUCGAGGGCCCCGACCCAGCUUACUGGGUCUGCAAGGGCUACGCGAUUCUCAAUCCAGACAACCGCGGCGCCUACUCUUCCGAGGGCAACAUCACAUAUUGGGGUCGCCAGCUAGGCGAGGAUGGGUAUGACUUCGUCGAGUGGGCUGCAGAGCAGGCGUGGAGCUCGGGCAAGGUCGCAUUCUCGGGCAACUCGUGGCUAGCGGUGUCGCAAUGGUUCAUCGCUGCCGAAAACCCGCCUCACUUGACGGCGAUUGCUCCAUGGGAGGGGCUCACGGACUUGUACCGCGACAUUGCCGUCAGAGGCGGAAUUCCGGCACCCGGUUUCCAGGAGUCAAUUCUCACCACUUUUGCUGGCAAAGAGUUUCAAGACAAGAUUGCAAUGCUUGAGAAGAUCAAGAUCCCAGCGUACAUCGUGGCCAGCUAUACCAAUCUUCUUCACGCCCAUGGUUCAUUCGAAGGAUUCCGACGCAUUUCGUCAGAGGAGAAGUGGCUCAGAGUGCAUAAUACGCAAGAAUGGACGGACUAUUAUGCCUCGGAACAUGUAGCCGACCUUCAAAAGUUCUUUGACCACUACCUCAAAGGCGAAGAUAAUGGAUGGCAGUCUACUCCGCGCAUCCGCCUCGCUGUUCUGGAUCCCGGUGCUGAGGACACUCUCGAUCGCGUCGUCGCAGACUGGCCAGUUCCGGGUCUCGAGUCGAAGACUCUCUACCUGCAACCGAACAACUCACUUUCCGAGUCCCCUCUAUCCAACGAGACUAUCCUCAGCUACAAUAGCAGCUCUGCAUCCGGCAUUACCCUCAACUUCCAGGUAACUGAGAUGAUGGAGUUGAUCGGCUAUUCAAAGCUCCGUCUCUGGCUGUCCUCCCCUGACGCCACCGACAUGGAAAUUUCCGUCUCCGUACAGAAGCUCUCCUCCAGCGGCACUGCGUUUCCCAGCACCGGCAGCGAGAUUUCCAGCACGAUCGGCCCAACCGGACUCCUCCGCGUAUCACAGCGUGAGCUAGACACCGACCUCUCCACGGACCUCGAGCCCUUCUUGGUACACACUUCGGAGAAGCUUCUGUCACCAGGCGAGAUAGUGCCCGUGGAUAUCCCUCUUUGGCCCUCCGCUCUCAGAUUCCACGCGGGGGAGCUGCUCAGCUUAAACAUCGCCCCAGCCUCAAUCACUCCCGCACAGGCUGAUAUCGGCUUUGGCACGGCAAUCGUGCCUGUGCCUGCGACGGGAGGCACGUUCGAGGCCGGCCAGAACGUUUCAUUGAUCGAGUUGGGAGGUGACAUGGAUUCCAACCCGGCCUUUGUCAAUGAGCAGAGGGUCGAGACGCCAGUGAGUCGUAACAAGGGCAUGCACUUCAUCCACGUGGGUGGAAAGUAUGACAGCCUAUUGUUGUUUCCCGUCAACAACACUACUAGAGCAACGGAAAUUUGCAAGUAG